AUGUCGUCUCCCUUCAGCAACACCGCGGCGGCCGCGGCGCGAGGCUUCGGCGCAAGUGUGGAGGAUGACGGCCUUGACGCAGAGUACAGCAUGGUCGCGGACGAAUACCCCCACGAGGUCGACUAUUAUGCUCUACUAGGCCUAUCUCAAAAACCACCUCCGACCGAGGCCGAAAUCCGCUCCGCGUACCGCAACCUUUCCCUCAGCUUCCACCCAGACAAACAACCACCGCACCUCCGCGAAGCCGCCAAACGACAUUUUACGCAGAUACAGGAGGCAUACGAUACCCUUAUUGACCCUCAGAAGCGCACGGUAUAUGAUUUACUCGGAGCGGAGGGUGUCAAACAAGAAUGGAGCACUCAGGGUGUCAUGGGUCCUAGGGGAGAGGCGCAGACACAGGAUGUUGGCGUAAAGGCCAUGGCACCUGAAGAGUUUCGACAAUGGUUCCUAAAGACAAUGAAGAAGCGUGAACGGAAGGCUAUUGAAAAGCUUGUGGCAUCUAAGGGCACAAUUAUUCUUGGGAUCAAUGCAUCAGACACUAUUAGAGUGGAUAAGGCCACGGAAGAUGUAUCUAUACACGUGCCAUCGCCGAAGCUAAGUACUUUUGGUGCCGCAUAUCAGUUCAAGGCUCCCUUGCCUCUGCCUGGAUUCCUUGCCAAUGCUGAGGACAGUAAUGAGGGCAAAGAAGAGAACCAAGACAAGGACCAGUCGACGGAGGCUGAUGUAAUGGAAUCGGAGAAUUUUGGCGAAGUGACACUGAAUGCAUCUGUCACCGGUGGUAUGACUCGUCAAAAACAGCCCUACAUUGUCGAAUUCGAAGAUGGAACAGAGCAGGAGAUACAGGUACCGGGUCCCCGCCUGUUAGUAGCCAAGGAGAUACACCUUGGUGCCACCUUUGUCCCCAACCUCAGAAACUUGGCGAGUAAUAAGGGAAUUCUGACUUGGCGCCCUUUUUCAUUUCUCAGAGACUCGGCAGUUUCUAUCGAGGGUGUUCUACUUCCAGAUCCAUCCUUGAAAACUUCGAUCUCUAGAAGUAUCCAGCCAAUCUCUGGUAUUAGGCCGUUCUCAGUCACAGCCUCUAGCACUAUCAAACACUCCCUGUUGGAGACUCCUCCUUCAUUGGAUAUUCAAGUCAGCAAACAGGUUGCCCAGCGAAAGAUAGCCUUCUGGUCAUGGUCCAGUGGCUCAUGGGGAUGGGCUGAAUUCCUCUUCCAGCGCUUCACAUUUCUGGGGAUGAGUCCCGAAACCCUUUUCGCUACGGAGGGGGAACACAGCAACUUCCAAAUCGGCCUUAUUUCGCUGCCCGAAUCUAGUAGGAAGGUGCCUGAUGAUGUGGAUGAGGAGGAAGACGACGAAGAGAACGAGUAUCGCCAACUUUUACAGAAAACGCGGGCUGCCAGUCGUGCUGCAGAGACGUGGCAAACAUUCCUGCAGGUUUCACCGGGUGGAGGUGCCAUCGUCUUAAAAUAUGGGAGAAAUUUGUUUUCUGGCAAGCCAACCGAUGACCCUAUUAAAUCAGAGUGGAGCGGAGAGGGAUAUUUCCCUAUGCCGAGGAUGGAGGAAGCUCGCGCUGUGCGACUCGACGUUAGCAGUGUGAUUUCUCACGAUCUGAAGCCUAGCUGGACUGUCAAAGGAACCCGACGGAUUGGUGAGUAUACCACUGUUGGAUUGGGCGUUGGUAUUGCACACACUGGCGUGCACAUGACUGUCUCAUGGAGCCGCCUUGGGCAAGGCUUCAAUAUUCCCAUCGUUCUCUGUCCUGCGAACGAGGCCAACCAGGAUGCUGCUGUCCUCGCUACACUUGCCCCAUGGUUAGCUUAUUGUGCAAUCGAAUUCGGUUAUAUAAGGCCACGCGAUCGAAAGAACCGACGACAAGCGGCGGCUCGUCGUCAUAAUGAGUUGAAGAAACUCAUUCCUCAGAAGCGAGCAGAGAGCCUAGAAGCUAUCGAGCUUAUGACCGAGCAAGUACAAAGGCGACAAGCCCGAGAGGCGAAACAAGACGGCCUGGUUAUCACCAAGGCUGAAUACGGAUAUGUGCCCUCGACAAACAAAAAGCUGAGGGCUAAAUUCCCAGAGUCUCGACUCAUUGAUGUGACGAUCCCAGUGGCUGCGAUGGUUGAUCAGGGCCAACUAGGUAUCCCUCAAAAUACCGUCAAGUUUCAUAUCAUGGGUUUCCACGACCCUGCACCUUUGUUGCCAAAGCGACUACGGGUUUGGUACACGUUCCAGGGUCGCGAUCAUUUUGUGGAUGUUGGUGAUAAAGAGGGCGUUUCUUGCCCCAUGCGCACGCACUUGGUACCGGCCUGA